AUGACGGAAACAGCGAUCCUCGACGAGAGACUAAAAACUGAGGUAAAGGCGAAUCUGAACCGACUGAUUCCCGUCUUCCGCCAUAACGAAGAAGCGAACGAGUACUUCGACAACUGGAUUGACCGAUGGGGGAAAGUCAUCGAAAGGGAUGGCGUCCACCUGUCUGAGGCUGAAAAACAGGCCAUCAUUAUCAACAAAUUAGGCGAUAGUGAACAUUCACAGUUCCGAACGUACAUGCUGCCCACCGAUAUCUAUGAAGUUCCCUUAAAGCAAACCCAGCAGGUCCUGCGGUUCUUGUUCAAGCCCACAGUAUCGCUUUUCUCGCGUCGCAUGGAUUUCUUCCAAACGCAACGAGAGGGCAGGACACUCACGGAUCUGUUGGGCAUCGUCAAUACUAGAUUCGAGAGGGCUGAAAUGGACGCAAAUACCUUCACAACGGAACAUCUGAAGUGUUUCAUUUUCAUCUCUGCUCUGAAUGAUCCAGAGGACGCGGCGUUAAGGCAACGAGCGAUCAGGAAAAUGGACGAACAGCCAGACACGAAUCUGAGAAGCCUGCACUACGAACUUCAGAAAUUCCUAGAGUCAAAGCGUUCCCUGCUGGCUACCAGAAAGUCUGGUGAUAGCAUGAUUAAUGAAAUUCAUGCAAAGACUCCAAGCAAAUCUUCCGCGGCCGUCCGCCCAGCGAACAACGUCAAAUGUUACCGCUGUGGGAGAUCGAACCACAAUCAAAAUGAUUGUCGUUUCCGCGAAGCCAAAUGUCACAACUGCGCCAAAACCGGUCAUUUGGCUAUUAUGUGUAGACUGUCGGGGAAGAAAACACCAAAUUCAAAUCCGAACAGAAGAGUGAAUCGGAUAGAGGCAGAUAAACAAAACCCAGAGAUCGUGAGGAAGGUCAUGAUCGAUAACAUGCCAGCAACCUUGACGGUCGACACCGGGGCUGCCGUCACCUUGAUCCCCAUGUCCUUAUGGAAAAAGCUAGGCUCUCCGGGGUUGGAGCCUUCGUCGAUAAAACUGACAACCGCAAGUGGAGGUCCCUUACUUACGCAUGGGAAACUCAAUGUGAGAGCCAGAAUGAAUGGGCAGGAGUUCCCGGCGUGCUGCUACGUCACGGAUAAAUGUGCUCUCCUCGGUCGCGACUGGUUAGUAAAGGACCGAGAGUUGAUGAAGGUCUUAGCACAAACAUCGAAAAAAUUCGACACCCCGAUCGAAACAGUGAAGAAAAAUUGUGUCGGAGAAGUGGUCCCUCUUCCGACGAGAAAAGGCGCACUGAAGAUGGAGAAUCGUGAGCAAACGACGAAAACUCCAGCGAAUGCCAAAUUAGAAGAAGAUCUGAAGAAAGAGAUUCAACAGAAGUUCCCAGCUGUGUUCAACGAGGGAUUGGGAAAGUGUACGACCGGAAAAGUGAGACUGUCGUUGAAGGAGAACACCAAGCCGAUCUUCAGAAAAGCGAGAUCGGUGCCUUACGCCGUCCUGCCAGCUCUCUCCAAAGAGCUGGAGCGACUCGUGAAAUUAGGGGUACUGAAACCGACCACAAAUUCGGAAUUCGCUGCGCCCGUGGUUGUCGUCAGGAAGAAGGGAGGAGAAAUCAGGCUUUGUGCCGAUUUUUCCACAGGACUCAACAACGCUCUGCAGGACGACAAGUACCCAUUGCCGACGGCACAAGAUAUUUUCAGUCGAUUAGCUGGAGGAAAAUUUUUCUCCAAAAUCGACCUCGCAGAAGCGUAUCUGCAAAUUGAAGUCCACCCCGAUGAUCGAAAUCUAAUCACGAUCAACACGCCCAAAGGAUUAUUCGAGAUGACCAGAUUACCUUUCGGACUGAAGACUGCACCGAGUCUCUUCCAGAGGAUCAUGGACGAGACUCUUGUGGGAAUUCCAGGAACAGCCAUAUAUCUCGACGAUAUUUUGGUGACCGGGCGAACAGCCAAAGAGCACCGCGAUAGGGUUCUCAAGGUUAUGGCUAAAAUCCAGAAAGGUGGAUUCCGUAUCCGGAUGGAGAAAUGUUCCUUCCUACAAAAGCAGAUCAAGUAUCUCGGGUUCAUAAUUGAUGAACACGGGAGGAGACCCGAUCCCGCGCAAAUCCGUCCUAUCGUCGAGCUUCCAACUCCUAAAGAUGCUAAGGAUGUCCAAGCAUUCCUUGGACUCGUAACAUUCUACUCGAAUUUCAUCCCCGACAUGAAGAGAAUCAAAGAACCGCUGACACCACUCCUGAGGAAAAACGUCAAGUUCGUAUGGACCGAACGAUGCGAAGAAGCCUUCGAGCAAGCUAAGAAGAUAUUGCAGAGCGACUUGGCAUUGACCCACUACGAUCCCCAACUUCCGCUGGAGGUCUCAGCUGACGCUUCGCAGUCAGGGGUGGGCGGAGUGCUCCUGCAUACUUUCCCCGAUGGCUCCAAGAAGGCGAUAAUGCACGUGAACAAGGUUCUCACUGAGACCGAGAAACGUUACGGGCAAAUCGAGAAGGAAGCGCUAGCUCUGGUGUUUGCAGUGAAAAAGUUCCAUAAAUAUAUUUAUGGCCGCCACUUCAUUCUCAACACAGAUCACAAGCCCUUGUUGUCCGUCUUCAAAGUGGACGGGGGCCUACCAGGAUUCAGCGCAAAUCGCUUACAGCGUUGGGCGUUGAUCCUCGCUGGAUACGAUUUCACGCUACGGUUCAAGAACACUACAAGUUUUGGUGAAGCAGAUGCGCUCUCUCGACUCAUAAAGGAGAA